AUGCCGUUGUCGAGGGGCCUCUGGGGCCUCUCCGAGGAGGCGGAGCGCGCCGGCGACUAUGCCCGCGCCGUGAAGUGCCUUGAGGCCCCUGCUACAGAGCGGCACCUCUCCCUCCCCAUGACUGAGAUCCGUUCUCGUCUCCGCCUCGCCACGCUUCUCCUUGACCGCACGCACAACCUCAACCACGCCAAGGCCAACCUGGAGCGCGCCCACCUCCUCCUCAACCCUAUCCCGUCUGCUCUGCCCCUCAAGCUUCGUGCCCACUCACUCCUCGCCCAGUGUUACCACCUCACUGGCGCCAUCCCUCACGAGAAGCAAAUCAUUGUCCGCGCCCUCAACCUGCUCCAUUCCUCCACCGACGCCGCUCUGCUUCCUCGCGAUUUCGCCCUUCUCUGGUCCUGUAAUCUCCAAGCGCAACUCGCCUCCGUGCUGGCGGUGGAGGGCGACUGCCCUGCUGCGCUCGUGGCGCUUGAUUCCGGCCUUGUUGCUGCUGGGGAUCUUCGCAGACCGGAACUUCAGGCUUUCUUUGCUGCUUCUUCUCUUCAUGUGCAGCUUCUCCACUGGGAGGACUCUGGCUCGGUUGCUAUUGCUGUCGAGCGCUGCGACGUUAUCUGGGAUUCUGUUUCUGCCGAUCUGAGACAGAAAUGUGGUGGCUUGUUCUACUACAUUGAGCUGCUGCAUGCUUUCUAUCUCCUCCGAAUCUGCGACUACAAGGCUGCUUCUCAGCAUGUGGACAAGCUGGAUGCGACCAUGAAGGAUGAUAUCCAAAAGGUGCAGUGUGUAAAGGAUUUGAAGAUGGAGUUGGAUGCUGUGAGCCAGAGUCUCUCUCAGCCUAAUUUGCAUAGGAGGGAGAGGUUUGCAUUGAGUGAGAAGCAGGUUCAAUUGCAGGAGCGGUUGAGAUUUGCUACUGGCUUCGAGACAGUGGUCGAGUGGUCAUCAUUUGGAGAGAAGUUAAUUUUGGCACCUGCACCCUUGGAUGGUGAGUGGAUUCCUAAGGCGGCUGUUUACGCUUUGGUUGAUCUCAUGGUUGUGUCAAGCUCGGACGCCCAAAAGGGAGUAUUUAAGGAGUGUGGGAGAAGGAUACAAUCUGGGCUCCAAUUGAUUCAUGAGGAACUACUCAAACUAGGAAUCCGUGAUGGUGUGAGAGAGGUGGAUUUACAACACUCAACCAUUUGGAUGUCCGGGCUCUAUUUGAUGCUUCUAAUGCAGUUUCUGGAAAAUAAAGUUGCUGUAGAACUUACACGGUCAGAGUUUGUUGAAGCUCAAGCGGCUUUAGUGCAAAUGAUAAAUUGGUACUCCCAUUACCCAACAAUCUUACAAGGGUGUGAAUGUACCAUUCAAAUGCUUAGGGGGCAGUAUGCUCAUUCUGUUGGUUGCUUCCAUGAUGCAGCUUUCCACUUUCUUGAAGCUACAAAGCUAACUGAGAGCAAAUCAAUGCAAACCAUGUGCCAAGUUUAUGCUGCUGUCUCCUACAUCUGCAUUGAUGAUCCAGAAUCAUCCUCACUGGCACUAGAUUUGGUAGGACCUGUUUACAAGUUUAUGGAUUCCUAUGUGGGAGUUCGAGAGAAAACAUGCAUAGUCUUUGCUUAUGGACUUCUGUUGAUGAGGCAACAUAAUCUACAGGAAGCUAGAAUUCGUCUUGCCAGUGGAUUGAAAAUUGCACAUCAGCAGUUGGGAAACAUUCAACUUGUUUCUCAGUUCUUGACGAUUCUGGGUACAUUAGCUCUUCAGCUACAUGACACUGUGCAAGCUAGAGAAAUUUUGAAGUCAUCCUUGACAUUGGCGAAGACACUCUAUGAUAUUCCAACUCAGAUUUGGGUACUUUCUGUUUUAACAGGUUUGUAUCGAGAAGUUGGUGAGAGGGGUAAUGAAAUGGAGAACUCCGAAUAUGAAAGGAAGAAGGAAGAUGAUUUGCAAAAGAGACUAUCAGAAGCUUUUUCAAGCAUUCAUCACCUUGAGCUGAUUGAGAAGACCAGGAUAAAAGUCCACCAAUUUCCUGGACUAGACAUUAGAAGAGCAGCAGCUGGGCCUUCUACAAAGGUUGAUCUCGACAUCCCCGAAUCCAUUGGUUUGUCAAAGCCACCACCUCCAUCUAUAUCAUACAGGUUGCGUGACUCCGAUUCAGGAAAACGUGGUAGGAGGAACUUCUAACAAACAACUGACUACCAUCCUUAUUUCCAUCUGGAGAUGCAUCUGUAUGAAUUUUCAAAAAAGAAAAUGUCUAACACCUGUUGUAUUUUCCGGUUUCGCUUGCCGGAUGUCUCAAAGCUUUAUGAGCUUAAAUUUUGGUAGCAAUUCUGUCGUAUUAACAGUGUAUAUCAUUGUAUAUCAAAGAAACCUCAUUUGAUGUA